AUGUUACAUGAAACUAUGUCAUAUUCAUCUGAACAAAUCAUACAUGAUAAAAAAUCAUCAAUGAAUGGUCGAUUAACUCCAAUUGGUGGUGCUUCAUUGGAUACAGAAUAUGACAAAAAUGAUAACAAAGAAUUCAAUGAAAAUAUUGCUUUACUUAAUGAACACGAAACAUUAAAUGCUGCACUUGCAGCAUUAACUUCUCAUUUUGCUCGUGUACAAUUACGUUUACAACAAGUCGUAUCAGCACCAACACCUGAAGAUCGUGAAAAUUUAUUUACAGAAUUACAUAAAUUUGCUUCAACUAGUAUACCUGAUGUAAUGUGUCAAUCAUCAAUAUUUACAAAUAAUGUUACACAUGAACAAUUAAUCGAAACAGAAAAAUGUCGUGAAAAAGAAUUUAUUAAUGAAUUAAAACGAAAAUUAGAUGAAUUAGAACAUUAUGCAUUUGAAUCUGGUUCACUUGAAUGUGUACCAACAUUAGUUAUAAUGGAAAAACAACGUAUACUUAUUGAUGAAUUACGUCAAAAACUUGAUUUACAAUUAGAUGAUGAUAUAGUUUCAAAAUUAUCUGCUGAAGAAUUAAGAAAACUUGUUGAUCAAAGUGUUUAUCAGUUAACUAAUCCAGUAAAAUUAAAAGAAAAAUUAAUAAAUCAAAUGCGUACAGAAAUAGGUGAUCUGGAAAAAUUUAUUGAAUUUCUCAAAACUGAUUCUGCUAAGACGACAAUAGAUACUACAAUUCUAUCUGUUCCUUCAUCAACUUCAACAAGUAUUGGAUUAUCUUCUACAAUUGAAUCAAAUCCCACAACAAUAACAGCAAGUCAAUCAUCAAAAAUGACUCAAUCAACAAAUAUAUUUUCAUCUUGUUUUCAAUUUGAAUAUAAUUCAUUAAAUAUAUUUCGAUCAAUAAAAAAAUUUUUUAUUUUAACUCAACUUUAUACAUUCGGUUUCUUAACAUGUGGAAUGAGAUCAAUGCAAAGAACAUCUCAUCAAUCAACUAGAAUUAUAAGUAAAGAUUCUAUUUUAAAGAAACAUUUUGGUAAUCUUCGAGCUGAACUUGAAAUUGCAAUUGAAAAAGUUCUUUAUAAAGUACGAUUAAAUAAAACAUUAUCAAAAUAUUUAAGUGAUGAUGAUGAUGAUGAUAACAUAAAUACAACAAUUGGUACUAAUAAAUAUAUAGAAUAUCAUAAUUCAGAUACGAUUAUCUUAUCUAUACGACAAGAUCUUGCACCUACACUUUGUGCAUUACUUGAACAUGGUCUUUAUGAAGCAGACUCUUCAAUGAAUUUAUCUUCUUGGACAUGUUUUCCACUUACAUCUGUCAAUAAAUACUCGGCACCAAAGGAGACAAUGCAUAUUUGGAAAUUAUUUUUAAAAUAUUAUGAUAUGAAAGACGGAUAUGAAUUUGCAAAUAAUCCAGCUCGUAAACUUUCACAAUCAUUUUCAUUAGAUAUUAUUGGUGGAAAACCGAUUACACUUACAGAAUACCUAUUAAAUGGUAUUGAUGCAGUUGUUAAAUUACAUAAAAAACAUACUAAACAACAAAUGAAUUGUUGUUUUAAAUCAUUUAUAUGUUAUGCAUUAAAUGAAAAAAAACUUGUUUCAUUUCUACGUUUGAUUCUUCGAACAGGAAUAUUAGUAGAAAAUUAUUAUCAAACAUGGAGUUAUACAAGACAAACAGGUUUUAAUGAUGCUCUUCAUUCACUUGAUCGUUUAACUUCCAUUGAUUUUGAUCUUCCAAUAAAUACAUCUAUUCGACGUUUUAUGAAUAAUCGAGAUUUGAUUGAAUAA